AUGGUAGAGCCAUCAACAGCAUACAUUACAGCUAACAAUUUACCUCCAGAAAUUUUAUUGCGUGUCUUCAAUUAUCUCGAUACUGGUGAUUUAAUUAAUUGUAUUUUUGUAUGUUCUACUUGGAGACAAACAGCGCUUGACAAUUGUUUGUGGCAAAGAAAGUUGGUAACAAUUUUAAAAACUAAAUGGUCUACUCUUAUAUGUGAUUCUAAGCCCGAAUAUGCUCCGGAUCUACAAAAGUUACAAACAAUUCAUCCUUACAAAAUAUAUCACUUCCUUAAGAAAUAUGUUCCUCAACACUUACUUGAUGACCAGAAAGAAGCAUCAAAAGUUCAACUUUUGAUUAAUGGGAUUAAUCAACUUAGUCUUGCUUCGACUCCACCUGAUGGUCAAUCAACUAGUCCUUUAUCAUUCUGUGAAUUAUUUUGGAGAUGGUGGAGUAAUUUUAGACGUAGAUUGUCUAUCUACCAUGCUUCACGUUCGAAUGACAUAAGUCGUCAACGUUGUCGAUUUGCAGUAUUUGGACCGGGUUUUGACCAGAGAGCUACAAGUUGCUUGUUUAGUAAAUUGGUUGAUGUAAAAACUAAAUCAUUUGAACCAUUAAAUAUGAUACCAGGUCGAAUGGGCUUUGGUGCUGGACUUACACUUCGGCUGCAUAAUCAAGCUCAAAUGGCAGCAUUAGAUUCUUCUGUAUAUUUUUCUGACAAAACAUUUAAACAUUCAAAAAAUGAUUGCAAAAAAUCUAUUCCGAAAGACACAUAUAUAAACAAUUCACAAGCUAUUAAUUGCUUAAACGAUUUCAUAUUUGAUUUACAUUAUCUUUAUUCUUUAAGUGGACAUUUAAGUCAUAAGUUCAAUAGUCAGCUGGAGCGAAUUCAUGCCAGUCGUCUUUUUACUUAUUCAAAUGAUGUAAAUAUCUCAACUAUUCAUUCAUCAUCCUUGAAUAGAUUAAUUGUAAGUAAUGAAAUGAAAUGUUUACUACACGAUAUUUGUGGAAUAAUUUACGCUCUUGAUGCUAGAGAAACAACUGAACAAUCUAUUUACUUAUAUACCGAACUAAAAACUGUAUUAAAAGGUUUUCCUAAUGAAAUAGCACAUAAAGUACCGAUUGUCAUCCUAUAUAUUAUGCCAAUUGAAGAUAUUUUACAAAAUAAUGAUACAGAAAAUUACAUUCAUUCAAAUUAUUUGAAAGAUUCUACUGGAACAAAUGAAAUCUAUUUAAAUCGUGAUAGUUAUAGCGGUGCAAAUUACACAUUUUCAUGGUGUGGUUCAUUAUUACAACCUUUAACAUGUUUACAUUUAUUUGAAUUUCAAAAUCCAUGGCGUUUACAAAAAUGUGCUAGUAAUGAUAUUAAAGCAGUUAUUCAAAGUUUAAUGUGGUUAAAAUCGAAACAUCCAACUAUUCAUGAUACAAUAAUUUCAACUAAUAUGAAACGUGCAACUUCCACAAUAUAUUGA